AUGGGUGAUCCCGCAGCGGCCGGUGAUCAUGGGUCAAGCGUCCGCGCAUGGCAUAGCUACGAUUGGGAGGAGGUGAUUGCAGGCCGGCAGUCAGCCGGACGGUACUUUGUUCGAAGUGGCCUCGUCCGCAAAGACAAGCUGAUUGGCUUUGUGCCUGCGGGAUGUCAUCCGCCAUCUGCCAUUGUGAAGACUUUCCGAGAGCUGCAAGCUGGUCUUCGAGCUUUGGGCUGUGGAAAGCAGCCUCAGACGAAGGAGGUGCGCUACGUGCUGAAGAAGGCACACUCGUCUAACGCCUAUGGCAUCCGCUUCCUCACAGAAAGAGAAGCACUUGCUCUUCUGCAAGUCAUGUACUUUCCGGGCAGUUUCGCGCAUGCGGCCCGGGUAGCUUCUGCAGCCCUGCUCUGCUUCUUGGGCUCUGCGCUUUUUCAUCGAAAACGGUCGUCAGGCACGUGGCCCAAGGCAGUCCUGCUGCUAUGCGGCCUUGGGAUGGUGGUGGGCUGCGCCGUCAGGCAACGCCGGCGCUGGCAAGAUCUGGCUUCCUGGAAAACCCAUGAGCUUGUGCAGCACAGGCCCGCAGACGAGAAGCUCCAGGUCUGGGUGCUGCAAAGGAGCAUCGAGCCAUAUUUGCACGAUGGUCGCAAGUUCCACUUGAGAGCUCUUUUGCUUUGUGUCGGGGACUUGACAGCCCACGUGCACUCCGACGUUCGGAUGCUGAUGGCCACCACCGCAUACCGGGAAGGUAGCGAAGACAGCAUGCGUGCGGAUGUUCACAUCACGAACAUGGGCGCCAACUCUGCCGUCUCAGGCUAUUCUGAAGAGGCUCAGAACCUUGGGCUGCAGAUGCUGGGGGAGGAGCUGGCAGAAAAAGUCUUCAAUCAGGUGCUGAAGGUGCUCGGUGGCACGUUGGCAAACCUGCGGGCUGCUGGGCGGCGACACUUCUUUGCACUCCCGAACUGCUGGGAGCUGUUUGGUGCAGAUUUCCUGAUAGACUGUGAUGGUUCUGCGAUUCUGCUAGAAGUCAACCCUUCGCCUUCCUUGGCAAUGUACGGGAAAGGAGCAUCUGUCCAAGACUUGGUGGGCCCGGACCCCUUCGGUGACCUUUCGACAGCGUGCGUAUUUCGAGCAUGUGGCCGUAGAGCCGUAGAGGCCCGCCACUGCAGAAAGAUGGACCAAGAGUCCUUGGUGAGCAUUGUGGAUGGCUUGCUGAGCAAGCACCAUCAGCGGCUGCUAAUGCAAAUGGAGCAUUUGCUGGACAGGCGACGGCAGAUUGGCUCAAUCAUUUCAUCGCAGGGCUCAGAUCUUUUAGGGCCGCCUCCGCUGGUUGUCCCGCUGCCUCCUGGGGCGGAGAGUGAGCAUCUGACAGAUGGAAAGGAAUGCCAGGAACGCCCCUCGCAGGAGGAUGUCUCGCAAAGGCCGACUUUGGCUUCUCGCCUUUCUUCCAGCCUCGUGGUGCGAGAUGCUUCGCUGGACAGGUCGGGAUCCUAUGAGCUGGCCAAGGAGGCUAGCAAACGGAUCAGAGACUCCUUGCCAUCAGAAUCUCCAGAGUUGCCGGUCAUUUCGCUUGGCCGCCUCUGGCGUAUGCAGCGACGGCUUUUAGAGCUAGCAAGCUCCUGGCAGUUCGAGGCAUUCUUUGCAACUGUCAUUGCCACGAACUCCGUAUUUAUCGGAGUGACGAUCCAGUGGGAAUCGGCCCAGAGAACAUUGAAAGUACCUUCCACGAUGUUUGCUGUCCAGCUAGUCUACACGCUGAUCUUUCUUUCUGAGGUGCUGCUCAAGCUGUGUGCGUUUGGUCCACGCGAAUUCUUUUGCUCUGUGAACUGGGGCUGGAACUGGUUUGAUGUGUUCGUAGUUACAUCUGCAGUCUUUGAAUGCUUCGUGGAAGUUGCGACACAAGACCCGCAACUAUCAGGUUCUAGCAGCAACCUUCGCAUCCUCCGCGUUUUACGGAUGACGCGGCUGACACGAAUCUUCCGUGUCAUCCGAGUUGUGCGGUUUUUCCGCUCACUGCGAACCCUGGUUUUCUCCAUCGCAAACACACUGAAGUCUUUGUUUUGGGCGAUGCUCCUCUUGGCACUGAUCAUGUACGUGUUCGGCAUUGUCUUCACCGACAUUGUGAACAACCAUAUUUUGGAAACUGACAGCGUGGAAACUAUUGGAGACCUUGAGAAGUAUUUCGGUACCCUCCACAUCUCUGUGCAAACAUUGUUCAUGUCGAUUUCAGGCGGGCUAACCUGGCAGGAUGCGUCUGGUGCGCUCUCCAACAUCAGCUGGCUUUGGGUUUAUGUCUUCACCUCCUAUGUAGCGUUUUCAUGUUUUGCCGUGCUCAAUGUGAUGACAGGAGUGUUCUGCCAAUCCGCCAUCAAGGGUGCCGAGCGAGAUCAGGAAAUGGUCGUGCAGUCCUUGAUCAUGGACAAGCAACAACUAAAGCAGUCCUUGACCAAGCUUUUUCAAAAGAUGGACGACGAAGGUAAUGGCUCCUUGACCCUGUCACACUUCGAGAAGCAUUUUCAGGAUGAGGAAGUAAAAGUUCUCUUCGAAGCCCUCGAACUCGGAGCCACUGAUGCCUGGACGUUAUUCCUGAGCUUGGACCACAAUGAAGACUACCAGAUUUUGCCUGAAGAGUUUCUCGAGGGCUGUCUACGUUUGCGCGGCACCGCGAAGGCCAUUGACGUCUACAUGCUGCGAAGACAGAUAAGCAAGCUCGGCAUGCAGAUGUGCGAGACAGCAUGCACUCAAGAGCACUUGGCGCAGAUGUUGGGAAACAUUCAACACGUCGUGGAUCAGGACAGGACUUGCCGAUCAGGUGCCGAAACCCCGAAUUCAUAA